AUGGGGGACACCAGCCUCCUGUGCCACCCGCCCCCCGAGGGCUGCUGCCUGGAGCUCCACGAGGCGCUGGCCGUCCUCCUGGCGCUGAUCGUGGUGGUGCAACUGGUCCUCAGGCUGGCCACCGUGGUCUGCUAUUACUUCUGUUGCCUGGUGAGGAACCUGUGUGGAGGUCCGGCCCCCACCAAAGAACCCGAAAAACCGCUGGUUCUCGUCCGCCCAGUGAAGAAAGCAUCCCCGCGAAAGCCGUCGCUACAAUUCUCCAAUGACGAUCCCCCACCACGGCGGCGGCGACGCAGCCGGUCCCCACCACGGCGCUGCCUCCAGUGUACCCUAGAACCACUCAAGGUCACCAUGAACUUGGAAAAUGGACACUUCCGAUGCCGAUGCCGGGAACACCGCCACCACCGCCACUCCUGCCCUGAUUAUCUGCCAUGCUGCUGCUCACCCCGUUAUUACAACUGCGAAUGCGACAACCGGCCCCGGCCCCGGCCCCGGACCUCCUCAGCCCCCUCGGCCUACCCCAGCCCUCGUUUCCGAGACGUCGCCGUAGGGACGUCCGACCUGCUCACUAAUGUCCCCACUGAGGACCGGCGGAACACCCUUGUGUCCACCGAACCAUACGGACGGACUAUGGUGGCGGAGCCCCAAAGGCGUUCGAUAGCCAGCGGCCAGGAGGCGGAAUAUCUACCCCCUGGACAGCACUCCCAGCGUCCUGCCCGAGUCUACAUCUACCCCGUCCACCCUCAGACCCCACCGGGGAGUCGCUCGCCGACGCCUGAAAGGGCCCACCGUCGACGAACUCUCAGCCAGGACGAGCAGGCCGAGUUCAUGGCACACGAGCAGCGCCGUGGACGAGAGCCGGAGCCCCCCACACCCGCAACGCAGCAGCUGCAGGUGUCGGCCGGGAGUCCUCCUCGUUUCCACAACAUCGUCAACACCCUCAUGCAAGCGGGGGCCCCGCCGACUGAAGGCAGGGCGGCCGGCGCAAAGCCCAGGCUGUCCCGAGCUGAGACCCCGCCAGACACCGACUGGGUGUACCGCACGAAAUAA